CUGCACUCAAGCACAGAAAGAAACCGACAGCAAACAAAGUUCAGUCGCAAAGCAGCGAGCUCACCGACGCACGCGCCCUCCCCCGUCCCGGCGCACCGCCGCCCCGCCCUCCGACGGCUCCCGGCGAGGGCCACGCUUCCCCCAAGCGCCCGCCGCCAUGGAGCUGGGGCAGGUGCCGCUGCUCUUCUCCCGCCUGCCCAUGUUCCCCUUCUUCGACCUGGCGCACUACAUGGCCUCCGUCAUGGCGCUGAAGGAGCAGCGGGGAGCUGUGGAAGUGUCAAUCCGCAGUCCAGUUGCUUGCUGGUUUAGUGCUAUGCUUUGCUGCUUUGGUGGAUCUGUUUUGUCUUCCUUGAUGCUUGGAGAACCUCCAGUAGCAUUUUUGGCAAAGACCACAAAUAUUCUACUGGCAUCUUCAGUCUGGUAUCUUAUGUUUUAUUGCCCACAAGACAAAUUCUACCAGUGCUUUGCGUUUCUGCCUCUUCGGCUUCUGGUUGCAGGAAUGAAAGAAGUGACUAGGACUUGGAAAAUAGUGGCUGGCGUUACGCAUGCAGACAGUCAUUUUGAAGAUGCCUGGCUUGUCAUGGUAGCUGUGGGCUGGGCCAGAGGAGCUGGUAGCGGCUUAAUCUCCAACUUUGAGCAGUUGGUGAGAGGAGUGUGGAAACCUGAAACCAAUGAACUACUGAAGAUGUCCUAUCCUGUGAAGGUAACUUUGAUAGGAGCAGUUCUCUUCACUCUGCAGCACAGCCAGUACUUGCCAAUUGCAAGACACAACCUUAUGUUUCUAUACACCAUCUUUCUUGUAGUUUCCAAGGUAACAAUGAUGUUGACAAGAUCUACAGCUUCUCCAUUUGCUCCCAUUGAGGCUGCAUUAAGCCACAUGUUCUUUGGCUCGCAAAAACCACCAUCCAAAGUGAAGGGUGAAGGUGCUUCAUCUUCCAAUGGCUCUUCAGUCUGUGACCAGUCGUCCUCGGAGCAGCCCCGUGAUGGUGUUAAGAAGAGACAGGCAAAGAAAACAGAAUAAGUAGCUUACAAUACAUGAUAACCUGUGAAGAUGUUUAUAUUUUAGAUGAGGCUGAUUGAAUUAUUAUUUUUUUUUAAUGAAAUGUAUGUGAGAUGAAAUUAAGGCUGUAUAAUAUGGUGUUGUUUGCCUUCAGAAUGUGUAUUGUAUGCUUUUGGAAUAUAUUCAGAUGUCUAAGUGCACACGUUGGAUUUCUAAGUCUAAAAGUUCACAUUUUUAUAGUGCUUUUAAGUUCGUUAAUUUUUGUAUUUAUUAAUAGCUUUAAAUUCUUAGAUGCUAAAAUAACUUCCAAAAUGUGACAGUUACCUUUGCUGUUUUUUCUGGUAUAUCACUUGAUUCACUUCUCUUUUUUCUUCUUGAUUCUCACGUUUCAUUUGGAUACACAGACUUGUGCUGCCAAGUGUUCACAGCACAGUGUUCCAAUUAGGAAAGCCUGAUUAAGGCUUAAUCAUACUGCACUGUAAAACUAUGAAAAUGUACCACACUAAUGCCUUUAAUUACAAAAAUAAUGGAGUUACUGUUUUAAUUCCUACUACACUGGUCUAGACUUCCAUCAUUUACUUAAGUCAAUAUUUUUUGCAUUGUUUGUAUUUUUCAAAAUAAGAAUUAUCUGGCACUUUUAAAAAUCUUUACAGUUAGGAAGUAGAAGCACUUCAGUAUUGUGAGCUUACUUUGAGGUUUUUUGUAAGCGUUGAAUAUUUAGCUAUCUUUUGUAUUAUGUGUGUGAUUUUUUUAUGUUGUUUCUAGCGCCUUUCGAUUUGGGAUGAGACAUCUCUGCCUGCACUUUUAUUGAGGCACAAUAAUUUUUGCUUCUUUUCAAAGUCAAACAUUCAAACUGUUUUUAAAAAAAGAAUACUGGAUGGUACAUAUGCCUUGUUUAAUCAUAAGUUAUGCCCUGUUAUACAUGCUGUUGAUACACACAAAUACUAUUUUCUAGAAGUUACCUCUGGUGCUACUGAGUUACUACCAAAAGCACUGAAAGUAUAUACUAAUGUUUGUUGCUAUUUGCUGCAUCCUGCUCGUUGCAUCUUUUUGCAGACAGUAUGGAACAGUUGUCUUACACACUUCAGAACCAAGGUCUCACAGGUGUUGCAUUUUGUAAGAUUCUAAUAUUUUCACAGAAGUCUUCAAUUUGAUGUGCCAUUUUUAGUACACAUUAAAUGACUUUUACAGAAUGAGA